AUGGACUGGUUUGGUCGACCGUUAUUUUGUGGUGCUGCUGCUGGAUUGGUUGUAGACUUGACACUGUAUCCACUGGAUACUAUCAAGACUAGACUGCAAAGUUCCGAGGGAUUUUAUGCUGCAGGCGGACUACGAAAUAUCUAUCAUGGUAUGGGAUCGGUGGCUGUUGGUUCUGCACCGAGUGCUGCAUUAUUCUUCUCUACAUAUAAUACGCUCAGAGGAAUAGCCGCAGUAACUAUAAACGCAGGUGCAGCUAGUUUUUCGGAAGUUGUUGCUUGUGUUUUACGGGUACCUACCGAACUAGUGAAACAACGUGCGCAGGCAAGAUCUGACCAUCAUUUAGGAAAAAUAUGCCGAAUGAUUUAUAAGCAAAGUGGAUUUCUUGGGUUUUAUCAGGGUUUCUUGAGCACUGUAUGCCGGGAAAUUCCAUUUUCGCUCAUCGAAUUUCCUCUUUGGGAAGUUUUAAAGCAAGAAGUAGCGGGGGUCCGGAAAAGACAGUGUACGCCAUUGGAAUCAGCAGCAUGUGGCAGUGUAUCAGGAAGUAUAGCUGCAGCCAUGACAACACCUCUCGAUGUGGUGAAAACGCAGACAAUGUUGAAUGAGAACGCUUCACGUCUGGGGAUACCGGCAAUGUUGGCAAAAAUAUGGACAACAUCCGGAUACCGAGGACUUUAUGCUGGUAUCUUGCCUCGUUCCGCUUGGAUGGGUAUUGGUGGCUUCGUUUUUUUGGUGUUUAUGAGACGGCUAUGCUGCUUACCGGAAAUUUAUUUUUCUAGCUUGUUUUUUUUUGAUACUCAGAUCUUAUCCGAAAUCUCAUUUUUCUGGCAGAAUAGUACAAAAACUUUAGUGAAAAAUUGA